AUUGGUUCACAGUAAUUUACUCCUAACAUCCAUUUCUUUUCAAACGUGUAGGUUAAUCCAACGAUAAAUAAAGAUAACCGUACACAUUUUUUUCAGUACUUUAAUGCUGGUCAAUCACAUUGUUUCAAUAUGUUGUGCCCUGAAUUCGUUAGUGUCAAUAAAGAUAUUCCGAUUGAUGCUGCUAUGAAAGAAACCGCGAAGAGAGGGAGUUCGAAAAUAUUGUGUAUAGGGCCCUUUAUUUACCAGGAUCCAAAAACAGGGCAUUGGUGGUUAGUACUACGCAGCCCAGUCAAACCAGACGCCAUUGUUGGUUAUUGGCCACGAGAGCUAUUCACCGGUUUGGCAAGUGGCGCAACUUACAUUGCAGUUGGUGGAGAGGCAUAUAGCCCACCUGGUCAGCCUCUUCCUCCCAUCGGAAACGGCUAUUAUCCGGUUGAAGACGCCAGAUUAUCUGCAUAUUGUUCUGAAUUUGGUGUUUUAGAUGCAAACCACAAAAAGAUUAGCCCUAAACAAACUGAAAAGUACACCGAUAAUUGGCAUUAUGGAGUCUAUGAUAGGGAACAAUAUCGUGAUUUCGGAAGAAUAGUCUUCUUCGGUGGCACUACUAUGUAAUCACAUUUUUAGAAUAGAAGAAAUAAAAAAGGGUGAUGAUAAAGGUCGCAAGUUGCUACAAUAUUUAGUUGUCGCAAUCUUAUGUGUCGCAGUUUAAUUGGUACAUAUAGGUGCCACGUAGGCUAUGCGUCAUCCGAAUAUUUUUACUACCAAUGCAUUUUUUUUACUAUGAAAAUAUAUAAAUAAGGUAGUCGAUAUAAAAAAGGAAACAAAUUAGAAUAUUAAGAUUUUUCCACCUUUUUUGUACAUAUAUAAUAUGUUAUAUAUAAGUAAAAUAUUUCAGUUUCCAAUUUAAAUCAUGACAC